UUUUCUCAACGGGUGACAGCCCGAUCCAGUACCGCUGACACCCCUAAGUAACUACGACCACGUACCACUCUAUCCACACCCACCUCACCUCCCGCUGCGCCAUAACUCCUCCCUCGCCCCCCGCUCACGCCCCACAUCGAUCCCGCCUCUUCCCCGUUCCCUCGCCCCAAUCAUGUCCUUCUCCGCGCGAUCCGCCGCAGUCUCCGCCGUGCGCCGCGCUCUCCGACCGCGCGGGGGCGGCGGCGGUGGCAGCUGGUGGGGGCCGGGGCACAAGGACGCGGGGGGGCACCUUUUCGGGGAGCUGCCGCCGCCCGCGGGGCAGGCGCGCGCGUGGGAGGACUGGGAGGCGCCGUACUACCUGACGAUGGCGGCGAGCGCCGUGAUUCUGACAGUGGGGCUGACGGCGAAGCCCGACACGAGCCUGCACGGGUGGGCGCGCGAGGAGGCGAGGCGGCGGAUGCAGGAGGAGGAUCAGUAGAGCGAGACGGAGUAGAACGAUGACCGUGACUACUUUUUUCAGUGUGGAAUUUCGAGAUCUGUACGCUGCAGUUUGUCAGCAUGACGCGAGACACUGUCGCAUCGCCGGAGACCACUGCUUCUCUUAGUAUCUCUAUUUUCUUCGGAGCAUUUUUUAACCAUGAUGCCGCACAAGGGUAUAAGAAGGGUCUUGUACAGUGCUUGCCACCAUUUUACACAGAACCAAGACAUUUUAGGGUACUCCCGUAUGCGUGCCUCGGCUCCUUCUGCCUUUCCGCUUCCCAGUGUUCCAAAUUCUUGUGCAUUCGAUCUUGUGUGUGCAAUAUCCUCCUCUUCCUCUCCACACCCCUCCCUUCCCCAAACCCCUUCCCUCCUUCCCCACUCCCUCUCUCCCUUCCUCUCACUCUCCCCUCCAUCUCCCUCCUCCCUCUCUCUCUCUCUCUCUCUCUCUCUCUCUCUCUCUCUCUCUCUCUCUCUUCUCCUUAUCCCUCUCCCUCUCCCCCCCCAAUUCCGUCCCUCUCUCUACUCCUCUCACCUUCCUCUGUCACUCACUGUUGCUUGUACUUUCCCUUCCGUCCCUCCGUCCCUCCUCCUCCCCCACUUUCCCCCCCGUCCCUCCUUCCGUUGAUCAAGAAUGGUUUGUAUUCCACUCCUUUCCUUGUCCACCUCCCACAUGUGCAACCAUACUACGCCUCACAUUCCUUUCCGCCCUCUUUUCCGGACAAAUAGCAAGGGAAUUCUCAAGUGUGUAAUGUGGUGCUGUGGCAUGCAA